CCGUCCCUCCCCACCCCCAAACGCUGGCUUCGCGCCGCACUCAUUGCGCGCCGAAUCGGGCCGCGCGCUGCCGAGCGUUGCCCGUCCUGACGUCACCGACCCGGCGCCUCGGGCGCAAGUGCGCGUGCGUGCCGCCGUGGUCCGCUUCUUCGCGACCCCCUCGUUCUCCGCAAGCUCCGCGUACCAAGAUGCGCACCUUAGGGUUAAAGUAGAAGAUGAUGCAGAAGCUGUGAUAUUUAAUGGAGCUGAAAUGGUGGACAUACAGAAUGGUUCUUCAUCCCCAUCUAUUGAGGAUCAGUCACAAGUGAACAAUCAGAAAAGAUAUCUAGCUGCUGUUGUUUAUGUACAGCAGCCAGGAGUAGAAGGUGCACCUGCCGACUCCAGUGCGAAUAUCAAUAAGUCAGCAGGAAACCAGCUACAGGAAUGUGUGCCAAAUAGAGAAGAGGCUUCAUCUGAAAUCAGAUCGUGCGAGGCUAGACGCGCCAGUGGAGAAUACAGCUAUGUUUAUAGGCCAAAAAGGAGGAAAAUCACAGUCUGUAAUGCACCUCAGGUGAGAACAAGGGACACUGGAGAUUAUGGUGACUAUGAAGAGAAUGGUGAUUUUGUUUAUGACUACAGUGCAGACUAUGAAUGCGCCAGUGAUAUGUCAGAAAGUUCUUUUGUUACAGAUCAGCAGAGGACUUUAGUGGAAGUUCUUAAUUACUGCCAGGUAAUGUAUGCUGCCAUCCAAAGACUGGAUAAAAAAUUUGAUGUCCUUCAUCGUAGGGUCACAGAAAUGCAUGAGGGAAGAACAAAACCUAUGUUUUUCAAGCCAAGACUUAUAACAUCGCAUGGAAAUUCACACCAGAUGUCGCUCACUAAAAUGAAAAUGCAGAAGCCAGCGGAAAGACAAGUCAGGAUCCGGAUACCUCCACCUGACCAAGGGAUUUGUUCUUCCCCGCUCAGGAUCCGAGUAGAGAAAGAGCCAUUGAACAUCUCAGUUCAAAGCAGUAUUGCCCAGCCAUUGACCAAUCCACAGACAACGUACAGCUGCACACGGGCAACAAGUCCACCUCUGCCCAUGAUUCACUCAGUUUUGUCUUUACAAGAACCAUCAAUGCAGGGUUCAGCCACAGCUGUUGGGAUUUCUGACCUUGUUCCUGCAAAAGCAAUUGUUAAGCAAGACACAAGGGUACCAAAGCCUUCAGGUGCCAAUGACACAGGUAGGCUGUAUCAAGAUGGAUACAGUUCCAGAGAUACAGAAACAUUUGUUAAUGGCAUAACAACUAAUGGAACUGAGCAACAAAGCAACCUAUCUAAUCAGUUAUCUUGUGCUGCUUCGUCAAGUGCAGCCAAUAUGAAUUUUGACUAUUUAGGUGACCCAAGACGGAAUAUAAAGGUACCUGCAGCCUUCUUGAUAAAGGCGCGUCAGAAGUCCAAGCCAAAGUAUGCAGCACGUUACCUCAUUCGGAUGAUGUUCCCAAGAGAUAUACUAAUGUGUAGUAAUAUGCAAGGUGACAAAGCUCGAGGAAUCAAACCACUGGACUCUAAUCGGGUCAAUGCUUUACGAGAAUUCCUUUAUAAGCUGUUUCCCACAUUUGAUUUGAAUGAAGAAGGCAAAGACUGGAAGACUUGUGUCACCAGCGUAAAUUCCAUGAUACGCAGCCUACGUUAUGAGACACAAAGAGCAGCAAACAUCACAAGUGAUAAAGCUAAAGCUCUGGGAUCUGAAGGAGCACAGAUGUGCAUAAAUCUAUAUUCAGAUAGUGAAGAAUCACUGAUUCCUUCAGAAAAACAUGAGGAGCCCAAAGUUACUACUGAGCCACAGCAACAGGAAUGGAAUCAGCAAGAUAUUACUACUAUACCUGAGAAUGAUAAGCAGAAAGCUUUUGAACUAAAAGAAACACUUGGUAAUCCAGCUCGUCAAGUCCAGCUCCCAUACUCCGCUGUGUACGUCGCUAAGCAGAGAUUAAGGCCAGAGCUGGCAGCCCGGUGCCUAGUUCGACAUCUGUUUCCUGAGGAGGUGCUGGUCAGAAGCAAUGUAUAUGGAAAUAUAGAUCGGGGUAUAGCUCCUUUAGACUGCAACAAAAUCUGUGCUGUCCGAGAGUUUCUUGAAGAAGCCUAUCCAGUGUUUGACUUGCGUGAAAAUGGACGUGACUGGAAAGCUUGUGUGGCUGCUAUAAAUAGUUCUAUUCGCAGCAUAAGGCAUGACCUCAGGAAGUCUCUGCCAGGCUAUAACAAGAAACAGCAUCCUCAGUACUUGAGUUUAUAUAGCAAGAAACAGCCAGACAAUCAGAGCAACAAAAUGGAUACUCCUCACAGCACUAACCAUGAGAAAAAUUCAAAAGUGACGCAAACAUCCUCUAACCACCAACUUAAAAGGGAUAGAUACUGAAAGUGAAAAUAAAUGGAGAAAAAUGAAUGUAUUGUUUGAAAAAAUAAGAUCUUAGAAAGCAUACAUAAUUACCUACGGUAUGUUUAUGCUAAAUCUGACUGAGUAUGUAAAAUUGUGCUUCAAUAUACUAUGGUUUUAUUCUUGUGUGCUUUUCAGUGUUUGCAUUCUUGCAGUAAUCUGAAGUUUGAAUUGCAGAAUGGUAAAAGUGGGGGAGAAUAAUGUUAGCAGAGCAGGUAGCAAAAACAUUCGCACAAAAUGAAUAUUGAAAUUAAACAGAAUAUUUGAGGGAACCUUUCUGUGAGUUGCUGCUGAAACUUACUUACAGGGAGAAGACUGUAUUUUCAGAGUUAUUUUGUAAAACUCACUGUGAAGUUUUGAAUGAAGAUUUUUGAUCUUUGAACUUUGCAUCAAGAACACAGGCUUAUAUGUGUUCUUGAUGUACCACAACAAAAGCAUUUCUCUUUCUCUCAAGACAGAAUUCUUCAUUGUUAUAAAAUCAUUAUGGGCCAAGCCAGAGCUAAUAAAAUUCACCAUGGUUACACUGGAUAAUUUGGUCUGGAGCCCUGGGGUUUGAACUUUACUGAAGUAAAGAAAAUGUGGAAUCACAAAACAAUGCCAAAUGAUUUGUACUGGGAAGGGAGAAACAGUUAAUGCAGCUAUUUAACAUUUGUGGAUUUUUGAGUCUAUUCCAUGCCAACAAUAUUCCAUAUUGUUGUACCUAAAUUCCUCGUAUCAGAGCUGGGAUUGCUGUUCUGGGAAGCAAAAAUAUACUUGUGCAAUAGAAAACAACAAUGAGGUUUUAAACAUAGCAGGCCAGGCAACAUCUAUAAAGAGAAGCACUGUUGACAUUUCAGGCUGAGACCCUUCGUCAAGACUCACGUUGAGUUCUGACGAAGGGUCUCGGUCCGAAAUGUCGACAGUGCUUCUCCUUAUAGAUGCUGCCUGGCCUGCUGUGUUCCACCAGCAUUUUGUGUGUGUUGCUUGAAUUUCCAGCAUCUGCACAUUUCCUCAUGUAUGAGGUUUUAAAACCUUGUCCUUUAUUGAGUCAUUUGAGUAAAAGGUCAUCUUUCCACUUAGCUCAAUCAAUCCCCAUCGUGAAGCAUUUGACAAAGACUCUGGAUUUUUAAAUUAUUCAGCAGCAAAAGUUAACAUAUAAACAAUGUAUGAAUGAAAGAUAGGCUUUGCCUUUUUCAGAAUUAUUAUGCUUAAAAUGUAAAACAAAACCAAGUGUCAUGUAAUGAAAUCAAUUUAUUAAACUUAUUUCCUGCUGGCAUUCUUUAUAUGUGAUUUAACUUAAGGCUAAAUUGUAUUCUUGUAGAGCUAUAAUAAAAUUUUGUGUAUCAAAUUUCAUUUUGUUAUCUAUUCUCAGUCUGGUAGAACCCCCCCCCCCCCCCCUUCACAAAUUUUCAAAUUUUGCAGACUCAUUUGGCACACUUAAAUGUCCAAGUAAACUGUUUAUAUGGAUGUCUCGGCCCGAAACGUCAACUGUACUUUUUACCAUAGAUGCAGCCUAGCCUGCUCAGUUCCUCCUCACUGUGUGUUUGAAUUUACAGCAUCUGCAGACUUUCUCUUGUUUGGGAAGCUCUGAUAAUCAUCAACUUUUUCACUUGGAAUUUAUUUAUUCAGUCAUUGGUUUAGUUCAAUACAGCAUUGUGAUUAUAGUAAGGGUACAAACACACUAAAAGUAUAUUUCCCACAGAAAACCAGGUUCUUUCCCCCAUUUUCCAAUACCCAGUUCUUAGAUUUUCUAUAAUUUCUCAAUGGUUGUUCAUAGUGAACAGCAGUAUUUCACAGGAAGAGCAGUAGGUGCAACUCAGAGAAGGCUGAAGAGAGAUUCUGAUGGCAUUUUUGUAGGGAAUCGGCAUGAGUUGCUUGGUGGUCAUUCCAAUAAGUAACUGCUAUUUUGCAGGAAACAACAAAAAAUGUCAUUUGGUCAUUUAUUUUUGUUGCAAUAAUCAGAAGCAGAUUUAAUAUCAGUGACAUAUGUCAUGAAAUUUGUUGUUUUGCAGAAGUACAGUGCAAUUACAUAAAACUAUGAAUUAAGAAAUGUUUAAAACUUAAAAUAGCACAAAAUAAAGCAAAAGUAGUAAGAAAGUGUUCAUGGAUUGGUUCAUUGUCUGUUCAGAAAUAUGAUGGCUGAGGGGAAGAAGCUGUUCCCUAAUAAGCCGUAUCAAUACCACAGCUAAUUUUCAAUUUUUUUGAAAUAAUUAGCUUGCCUUCUGCAAGAGAAGAUUAAACUUCCUUUGACCAGCUAACAGAAGGAGGAUUAUAUUGUUGUAAAACUAUAUUUCUUGGCUUCAUAUGAUAGCUGAAAUGUUUGGU